AUGGAAUGCCUUCGCAACAAUUUCAGCAAUGGUGUUGUCAUCGGCGGCCGGUACCAAACUCUCUCUCCUCUGAACCAUGGUUCCUUCGGCAUGGUCUUCACGGCCCGGGAUCUCCGGACCAACCAGACUGUUGCUAUUAAGUGCCUGACCAAGAGGACGGCCGCUAACGACGGAUUUUACGACUUCGCCAUCGACGACAAGUCGGAGGAGCUCGUGCUGCAUCGGCGUCUAGGCUCGCAUCCAAACAUUGUUAACCUCUUGGACUCGUAUGAGACGGACGCUCAUAUCUAUCUCAUUUUGGAGUUUUGCCCCCGCGGUGAUCUUUACGAGGCCAUUCGCAUUGGCCAUGGCCCUUUGGAGACGGAACACGUCAGGCAGUUCAUGUUGGAGCUUAUCGAUGCUGUUGACUAUAUGCAUGACAAGGGGAUCUACCACCGCGACAUCAAGCCUGAGAACAUUUUUCUCACGCAGUCUGGAUCCAUGAAGCUGGGUGACUUUGGGCUUGCCACGACCGAGAACUGGACCUACGAGACGACCGUUGGGAGCGAUCGGUACAUGUCCCCUGAGCAAUACGAUUCGGCCGGUGCUGGAUACUCGCCCGCUCAGGCCGACAUUUGGGCCAUUGGUGUGUGCCUGCUGAACAUCCUCUUCUCGCGGAACCCAUUUUCUACUCCGACUGAGUCGGACCCUCUUUUCCUGGAUUUCUCGCGUGACAAGCAGUCGCUUUUCGAUGUCUUUCCUUCCAUGUCUCAGGACACGUAUGAAGUCAUCGCUCAGUGCAUGAGCCUUGACCCCAGGAAGCGAUCACUCGCCGGUGCUCGCGACGCCCUGCUCCGUGUCAUUAGCUUCACGACGCUCGACGAAGCUCUUGAUGACUUCUGCUCUGCAGAUCGCCGCGUUGUCGCCAGCGCGAACCGCGAGCCCCUUCGUACGCCCUCCAUUCAAAGCCCCCAGACCGAUGCGGGAGUGUUUCCUUGGGCGAAGGCCCUUCAAACGAGCCCUCAGAAGCCUAUCCGGCAACUCAGUGUCAUCGCAGACGACGAGAGCUAUUCAGAAGAUCUGUUCUCAAAGUCUGGCACGACAACGGAUUGGCUCUCGGGCAGCGGUCAGACGCCGUCCAUGUCAUCCAUGCUUGACUCGAGUCUCGGUGCUUCGAUGCAGUCUCUGAACAUUGGUUCAAGCCUGCGACCGAAGCUGCCGGCGCGGGCCCUUGCCAAGGUUUCUCCGAUGGCCGGGUCUCUCCCGAUUCAUAUGUCGAAGACCCGCAACCAGUCCGCAAUGUCGUGGGUUUUUGGCCGCAAGGACGCCGUGUCUAAGAGCUGGAGCGAUCUUUGGGACGAAGAGGUUGAGGAGGAAGAACAGGCUCAACAGAUGCAGAGCUUGAAGGAGAUGAACUCCCGGACCUGGAGCCAUGAAAGCCAGCCGUCGCCUUCGCCUGCGCCUGCUGAUGAUGACUACACUCCUCGUCUCGGACUGUCCCCGGCCACCAAGUCAGCCAGCCUUCACGUCGAACAACAUGAGAUUCCAUCGAUCGAUAUGGCGAUCGAGUCCCACGAUGUUGACGAGGAUCUGGCUACCGAUGGACUAUUCUUCUACGAACCUCCCACGGCCAAGGAGCCCGAACUUCCGACUCGCUACUCUCCACCACCCAAGCGCGGGGACAUUGAUAGAUGGGCUGCUCUUGGAGAACGUCGUCGGGCAUACACUGGAAGCUCGUCGCCAUCCAAGGCUCCUGAUUCAACAGUUCGCCACAUGGGCGUCGUCCACAACGCGAAGUUAAGCACCCCAACCAAGGAGCGCGCCAAGGAGUGCCCUCGGACUAAGGGUCGCGACCGAGAUUGGAAUUGGAAUUUUGACUGGCGCAAGGAGAAGCGCAACGCCUUUGGCGAUAUCGAGUGGGAUGGUGGCUGGCAGGAAACUCACUCGUAG